AUGGCUGAGAAGACCAACCAAGCUUAUCCUUUGGCCCCUGCCAAUGGUUACACAAGAAGUGAUGGAGAAUCUUUGGUAUCCGAAGAUGAGCUUAAACGCCAAAAGAGGAGGAAAUUGUUUAUGUACAUUGGUAUCUUCAUUGUUGUUCAAAUCAUAGUGAUGACCGUAUUUGGUCUUACUGUGAUGAAAGUGAAGACGCCUAAGGUCAGAUUGGGUGGAAUCAAUGUCCAAAGCCUCAACUCUGUCCCUGCAACACCUUCAUUUGACACAAGCUUCACCACCCAGAUUAGGGUGAAGAACACAAACUGGGGUCCUUACAAGUUUGAUGCUAGCACCGCAACAUUUAUGUACCAAGGUGUGGCAGUGGGGCAGGUAUCUAUUCCCAAGAGCAAGGCUAGAAUGCGCUCCACAAAGAAGAUCAGUGUUUCAGUGAUCUUGAACACUAAUGCUCUGCCAAGCAGUUCUACUAUUGGCACUGAAUUAAACAGCGGGAUCUUGACGCUGACCAGCCAAGCCAAACUGACUGGAAAGGUUGAAUUGAUGCUUAUAAUGAAAAAGAAGAAGUCUGCCACAAUGGACUGCACCAUAGCUUUUGAUUUGUCCACAAAGACUGUCAAAAGUUUACAAUGCAAGUGA